AUGCCGACAAUGGAGCGGAGAUGGGAUGAGUUCAACAAGGCUGUUGAUUCAUCGAAGCAGGACAAAUGCAACAUCGUGAUCGUUGCAAGCCAUAGUAGUGUCAGUCAGUUAGCACAUCGGAAUUUAUGGAUCACAAAGUCUAAGACUGAAUUGGUGUCGACUCUCCGCCCCCCUAAGACGAAUUCAUUGGGUUACGAGCUGAUAUGGUCAAGGAGUUUCUGCAGUGUCAUCGUCGACGAAGCACACAACUUCCGGACACCAAAUGCUGCCUACCACGGCAUGAAUAGAAUUAUGGAAAAUACCUGUGUGCGCCUAAUUGUGUCGGCAACUCCACUGUACCAGUCACCUCGUGACCUAUGCAACCUCGCAAGACUUAUUCGUUUGAAGGCAUUCAUAGGUAAGGCAGCCGAAUCGCUCGAGAAGGAGAAAGUCAGAGAGCUGUCAAAGAUGCGGAGGGAUGUUGCCAAGGGCAACAAUGGCGAUGAUGAUGCUCUCGCUGUGUUCAACACGAAUGCCUUGAAGGGCGUUGAUGGUAGAAAUCCAUACAAAGGGGUGUACGAUGCUAACAAUGACUGGGUCAUUGACAUUCAGGCUCGCUAUGAAGGACGUAUCAUUCGACGGGCAGUAACGUCGAUCAAGUACACUGACCCCCCAGCUGACAAGCCUAUCAUGCUCUUGAAUGAACUCCCGCCAUAUGAAAAGAUCGAAGUGAUGGUAAGCAUGGCAGAUGCUGAGAAACGGGAGAUGGACAACCAGAUGUCAAAGUGGAGCAGCGAUGGAUCUGAUGCAGACUCUUCUAGUUCAAAGACACAUGGAGCUGUUGAUGUCAUGGAUGCCGGGGCAUUUUUGCUCAAUUACCGGCUUGUGGUAGCAUAUCCACAAUCUCAACGCGAUCCUGACUAUCUGUCGAAAUCUGGCAAGAAAAAGUUUCCACCAUUCGAAAGUCUUGAAGAGUGGGAAAAGUAUCCAGGAGCAAAGCUCGAGGCGACGUUGAGAUUGUGCAGGCACUAUUUGUCUGAUGACAAUGUGUCUCCACCAUAUAUCGAAGACGGUCACCUCGUUUUCCCUGAUCCUCCUGCAAUGGUGACCGGCGAUAAGAAGAAGAGGAUUCAGCAGAUAAAGAUCCUUAUCUUUCAUGAGUUCCCUAUGAUGGAUGAACUCAUCAUGUCGGCCUUCAUUAUGAAUGGCAUUAAAAUCUUGUCGCUGAAUGGCUCCAUGAGGCUCAUGGCAUGUCAACAGGUGGUUGAGAAAUUCCUUCAUCCCGAUUCAGAUGUUCGUGUGCUUCUCCUCAGCCAGGUAGGUAGCUCUGGGCUUAACCUGAUGAGAGCUUCUGUCGUCAUCCUCUUUGAUAUUGGUUGGACUGCCAUUCAAGAAGAACAGAUGAUCGGUCGUGCCCAUUGUCAUGGGCAAAAGGAAACCGUUUACAUCUUUCGCCUUAUCGCGACAGACACUAUUGACGUCUUGAUGGCUCAACACUCUGGUUCAAAAGCCCAGCAGCUUCAGCAUUUCUUCAAGAAGCCUGAUUUUAAUGUCCGUCGAAACAGGAAGGCAUUCCGGCUGCUGUACAAUUGUGAUGUACCAGCAGAUGCUCCUGCUGCAGCUGAUGGAGAAAGCGAUAACGAUGAUGACGAGAGCACCCAGGAAAGUGCCGUUGAACAGCCUCCUGCAAAAAAACGCAAGACAAAUAGCAAGAAAACGGCGAAAACAAAGGAAGUAGAUGUCAUCGAUGAAUCCCGCCGUCGUUGUAAAGUGCCAAAGAAGGUGCCAGAGGAUGGAAACAGGGAGGGAGCUCCUGCUACCAAGGUACAGAUGACGAUGCAGAGAGGAUCCAUAGAUGAGGCUGGACCGUCGAAGGCUGGACCGUCGAAUACCCAGUCAAAGCCCAAGCCCAAGCCCAAGCCCAAGCCUAUCACAAAGCCAGCACCGAGCGCACCACAGAAUCCCAUCGAGGAGGGUAAUGCACAACCUGCUCAAUGUGAAUCUCAGCCCUCGGCCCCCUCCACUCCAUCAUCCCCUCUUCCUCAUCCUGUCAUCCCUUUCUCCACCCCUGCAGUUAUACCACCACCAGGGCGUGGAAUGACUGCCAUCACUGCCCCCUCCAGCGAUAUUAUCUCGACACCAGAUGCUAAUGAACCAAUUAGCAAUGACGAGAUAGAAAGCUAUGGGGGCACUGCUAGCGGUGGUGCUUCACAACCUCUCGACGAUCUCCUUGACUUCGAUGAUCUAACUCCUCUGUCUUCCAAUGCCCCCUCAUCUCCAUCGACACCAACCCCAUUGCCUGGCAGGAAGAAGUCCAUUUCAACUGCACCAACAG